UGAACCAUACAAAUGUCUUUCAGAUCGAAACGAUUGUGUAAAACUAAAGGCAGUAUGGGAGUUCCCAGGCUAGUAAUCGGUAGUUAGACGUAUAUAAAGAGUGGCGUUGGCUGUAGACUUCAUGGGCACACUCAAGAGUCAUCAGAAGCAUAGGAACUCCACAACAGCAUCUCCAGGCAUACAGAACAAAGGAAAGCCAUGGACCGUGACAUCCUAUUUGAGGCCCUGUCGGCCCUCGUCGGUGCACCAGUGCGCCCCAGAUCAUCUGCGCCUACACACGUGCUUCAGUCCUACGUGCUCAAUUCACCGCACCCUGAUGUCCUGUCCAUCACCGACGUCCUCUCGGCUGUCUGGUUCGAGAAUGACUUCUGGCAGGAUGUCAACGAGCGCAGGACGGGCGUCCGUUGCCUUGCGGCCUGCCGCAAUGACCUCUUCGUCAUGGAUGACGAUUUCUUCGAUCCACGCUUCGACUAUGACUUCAGACACAUGAAGGACAGUGAAACGUACAGAAGGGGUGACGAGGUCUACAAGCGGCCCUAUGGGUGGCAGCGAUUUGCUCUGAAUGUGCUUGAUAAAUACCCUGAUGGCAACGCCUGGCUCGGCACCCCAGGCUACCGGACUUGUUCGGCCCCGGGCGAGUGGCCGGUUUCUUACCACGGCACAAGUAAGGCUGGUGCUGAGGGCAUUAUCGAAGACUGCUACAUACCUGGACCCGGAGCGGCAUAUGGUCGUGGAAUCUACUCCACGCCAGACGUUGAGAUCACAGUGAAGCAUGGGUACGCCAAGAAGUUCACAUGCAAGACAGAUGGCAAGACCUACUGGGUAUGUACGACCAGUCAACUUUGAGGAGAAGCCCUAAAG